AUUUUUUAGAUAUAAACUCAAGUAUAGAAAAAACUUAUUAAUUAUAUACUGGCAACAAGAAGUAGUUUUGUCUAUGAUCACUAAUUGGAAGAUUAUUUUUCUAAUCAGAAAAAUUGUCAACAAUGUCAACGUCAGUUACACGUGGUACUAAUAGCAAUUCAAUAAUUAAAUUUGUAUUCAAGUUAUAAUAAUGGUUUUAUCUAGUAUUAAAAAGAAAAGAGUUUCAAAAAAAUUGAAAAAAUCCUGGAGAAAACAUGUCAAUAUUAACGAUGUCGAAGAAUUCUUAGAAGAAAAGAGGUUAGAGGAGAGACUAGGGCCACCGAUAGAAACUAUACCAGAUGAAGCACUUUUCAAAUUAGAUACUAAACCGUCAGUAGAGCUGUUGUCUAAAACAGAAAGGCGGAAACUCAAAGCUGUUAAACCGUUAAAAUGUUUUUCCGCCCUACAACCAUAUACAAACGUCCCAGAUCCAAUAGCAAAAAGAAAUCGUGUUCGAACUAAAGAAGAACGAAAAAAUGAAUUGGUAAAGAAAAAAGAAAAAUUUAAUGAAAUUAAAGGAAUAGUUAAACGUAAAAGUAUCGUAGCAGACUUGAAUAGAAAACUAGAUGACAUUAAGAGAAAAAAUAGACCUAAACGGGGGGAGUUCGCCGUUGAUUUAUGGGAAGGAGAUAAUCAAAAAGAAGAGGAAUGGGUAGACCUGAAUACAAAAAAUCAUAAUUUGAGAGGAAUUAGUGUACCUGUGAAAAAAACGAUUGGUAGGAAAAAUAAAGAUGUUCCAGCAAUUGAACCACCUCAUCCUGGUAUGUCUUAUAAUCCAAGUUAUGAAGACCACCAAGAUUUAUUACAGCAGGUGGCAGAAAAAGAGAAGAAACUAAUGAAAGAAGAAGAACACUUAAGAAGGGUUACAAGUGGCAUGUUUAGCAAAGUAACAGAAACAAAACGCGAACAAGAUUGGUUAGUAGAUAUGUCUCAAGGUUUACCUAGUAAAAAUAACCCACAGUCAGAACAUGAAGACAGCGAUUCCGAGUUUAAAUCUGUGAAUCCUGCUGUUAAAAAUGCAAAAAAGACAUUAAAACAAAGAAGAAAGCAAAAAGAACAGAUGAUGUUGGAAAAAGCACGUAAAAUGCUUAAGAGAGAAAAGAAAAAGAUAACAGAUAUCCAUAAUUUACAAGGCUUAGUAAAACAUGUUGAUACAGUCAGCGAAAAGCAGGAAAAAGCUAGAGAAAUUCGUAAAAGUAAAAAAGAGCAAAAUAAAAAGCUAACAGUGUUGAAUGCUAAUAAAUUUGAAGAACCUGACUUGGAAUUCAAUUUGGGACAGGAAAUUAGUGGUAACUUGAAAAAUCUAAAAACUGAGGGUAAUUUAUUGAUGGAUAGGUUCAAAAGUAUGCAAAAGAGAAGCAUUUUGGCUCCAACCAAAAGGCAUACGCAUAAGAAAGCUAAAGUUAAGAAAUAUACUAAACCGGGACAUAAAAGUGAUGAAUGGAAGAGAACUGUUGCGCGUUCUAUACAAACAUGAUAAAUCUGAUGAUAAACAUUGUAAAGUUUCAAGUUGUAUGUUCUUCAAUUUUUUUUAAUAAAUUUAAUUUAAGUUCAAUUUGCACUUUUAUUAUCAAAAAAUGUUCCUUAUAACUUUCAUGUGAAUAAUAAAAUACUUUUAACUAUUUACCAUUUAUUUUUUCAGAUGUUGGUCCCCAUCCUCAUUGUACCUAUUUAUACCGAUAUCUUUUGUCACUAAAGUUUUCAUUAAUUUUUGUUUGUUUUUUCUAUUCAGUCUAUUCAUUUAUUAAUUGAUCUCCCCUUUCCACUCUUCGUCAUUUCUUUUGAUAAUUUUUCUAAUUUUCAUUUUUUGCUGUACAUAUAGGAAUUUUUGUCUCACUGAGUUUCUGCUGCUAUCCUCCUUAGGUGUUUAAUUGUAUUUUUUU